AAUGGUGAGUCUGAGUGCGUUUGCAUCCACUAUCGUUCAGUUGUCGGCUCACAAGACAAUUGCAGAAUAUCGCCGGCGUGUUGGUGAUUGAGAGGGUGCCGACACGACACCGACACCAGCACCGACACCGACAUGGGUGCGACCAGCGUGACGCCCCCUUACAUGUGGUUGAGACUGUGUGUCUUUUACCUUUACUCAGUGCCUACACAAACAGUCUACUGGUUGAUGUGUAAAGUCCCACCUCUCAGGGUAUUGGCCCAGAGUUUUGUACAGGGAAAACAGAAGAACGCUAUGAAAAAAUGGUCAACUUUCCCCUACGCGCGGGUACUCCACUUCGCCAUGAUCAAGACGUAUAACGUUCUGAAGAAGGCAAAAGUAGGAGUCGAGCUGUUGGAUAUCCCGCUAUUCACGCUAGAGGGGGACAGCUGUCGCCUGUCACACCUGGUGAAAGAACAACGCCCCCUGGUGCUCAACUUUGGCAGUCUCACCUGAGGCCCAUUCAUGAACGUG